CCAAACUCUUCUGGAUCAAGAAGAUGAUGUUGCAGUCAGAGUGGACUCUGUUCUGUCUCCUGCUGGUCAGGGCAGGAAGUGCAGGUGAAGUGACGUUGCAGUGCGGAGUUUCUCCUGCGGGGGCGCUGCAUCCUAUUCACGCUCAGCUCGAACGCUUCGAGGCGGGGCCAGGCUGCGCUGCCAGAGAGGGUGGAGCUAAAGAGACCCAUGUAGUCACUGUGAAGAGGCCUAAUCACAGCACUGACAAACUGGUGACAGUGGUUCUGAGGCCACUGUCUUACUCACAUCCUGUCCAUCGCCCAGUCAUUCUUGUACUGAGUUCCCAGCAUGCCAUGCACUGGGUUCUGGAGAGCGAGGGGCUGCCAGAGAAUCUCCAUAUCCUGGUGCAGGUCUUGGUGAACUCCACUCUGGAGAACAGGAGUGUGUCGGCUCGUGUCCAUGCCAUCCCCUCUUUGCCGUGGCGACCUCGUGCUCUACUGCGCUGGACCCUUCAGCGUCAUGCAACAGUCUCCUCGCUUACACAUUCGGCCAGUGCCAACCGUGUCUACCUCCGCCUCGGAGAGGAUCCCAGCAUGCCAAGUGUUUGUCGCCUGCAGUCUCUUUUCCUCUCUCAUAACUACAUGGCGUCCAAGCUGCAGGAACAGGAAGUGAAUGGCUGCGCUUCCUCAGAGAGGCUCUUCAACCCAGAAGUGCACAUCAUCAAGCUGUGGUCUGCUGGCUCCGGACUCUGUGGGUCGUUACAGGUGGAGGUGUCUGUUUCUCUGCUGCCCCCAGUGGCUGAUGCUGGGUGGUGCAAUGUAGUGUUAGUGUUGAGCAGUGCCGCUCCGGUAAACUGGGCUCUUGUGACUCCGGGUCUCCGUGGCCACAUCACAGUUCACUCGUCUCACAGUGUGACGCCUCUCUAUCCUCCCAAACCCGACCUCACCAUGAGCAGCACUAUUGUCCCUGACCUCCUCACAACCCCUGACCUGCUUGCCUGGGCCAAUCAGAAUGGCUAUCCCUCUGUGAUGUCAUACACAGAAGCUCAUCUAGCCAAUCGCCUUGUGAUCAAGCUGAAAGGGGGUGGUGCAGUGCAGGCUGUCAGGGAGGCGAAGAUGGAAGAGACGUGGCUGAGACACUGGCUGUCUCACGAGGUCAGCGAUGGUGUGGACAGCAGGAAGGUUGUCAGCGUGCAGUGCGUGGAUGGACGCCUCACUGUCGCCGUGGAUAAAAGCUCCUUAGAGGCUCUGUCUCUGUCAGUUUCGGCGGUGACCCUGAGGGACCCCUCGUGCCAGGCACGGUCCAACAGGAGCCAUUUCCUGUUGGCUUUUCCAGUCAUUUCCUGUGGGACUGAAGGCGAGAUGGAGCAACAUGGCAGAGAAGUGCAGUACAAGAACACGAUAUUACUGUGGAGGGCCAAGCCUUUACUGAACAUGCAGGACAACACAGAAGACAAAUCAGCCAACGAGUCAACUCCACUGGUUAUACAUUUGAGAUGUGCGGCUCCUCUGCCCGCUCUCGGCAGCGUGUCUACUCCAAGCUCGCCCUCCAGGCCACAGGGGAUGCCGCGGAGUAGGAGUGGCCCCGUCUCCGGCCCUGCCUCUGGCCCACCCUGGCUCCCGGUCCCACAUGGUGGUCCUCUGGUUGCCAUGCGCCUGUUUGCCACAGACAGGUUUGAGCAGAGAGCAGUGGGGCCCUGUGUGGUGACGGUUCAUGGACGAGUGUACGCCGAGAUCUCAGGCAGUGUGGGGGUCAGUGAGAAGUUGGAGGUGCAUUCCUGUAUGUUCUCUCCUCUAUCAGACCCGCGCGCUCAGACCAGGUGGUCCAUUAUCCAAGACUUCUGUCCCGUGGACCCAUCCUUCACCACACACACGGAGACACAGACAGAACGCAGAGCAGAUAAUAAUGGAGACAGAGACACAGAGAGCGAUGAGGGAGAAAGAAAGGACAGUGAUGAGGAAAGAACGGAGGAAGAUGAGACUGAGAAGGAGCAGGACACGAGAGAGGAUGAGAUGCGUCUUGUUGCAGAAAUGAGGGACGAUGAAGAACAGUCAGACAAUCAGAGAGACAAAGAUUUACAGGGAAAAAGAGACAAAGUGUCCAGAGGAGUGGGCGUGGAACAGCGGACAGACAGGACAGAGAGGAUGGAGAGGACAGAGAGGAAGUUCCAGCUCAGGUUCAGCUUCAUUCUGCGGCCGGUGUUUAAUAACUCCAUCCAGUUCCUGCACUGCAGCCUGCAGCUGUGUGGAGACGCCACUGAGACCCACAGAGACUGCACACACACACCUGCUCCCACACACACCCCAGCAGCUCAACAGUGUGAGUACAGGAACUUGUCCAGGCCAGUGUUAGUUACAUAUCUCCCUGAUGCACUGGCUGGUCUGGUGCCUCCUCCUGCUGGUAAAUUGGCUCAGAAGCCUCGUAUGAAAGAGACAAUGAUGCCCAGGCACAGCUCAUCCAACAGUGUUGUGAGCUCCAUGCUGAUCAGUGUGAUCGCUGCGUUCCUGAUGGGUGCCAUCCUGAUGGGUGCGCUGUGGUGUAUCUACUCCUGCACAGGGAGACGUGCGACUGUCCAUAGAAACAGUCUUCAGGAGACCCCGAGUUCCUGGAGCCCAAUGUCGCCGCUGGAACAAACCACCAGCUCAGUGUAGAGGGGCUGGAUGAUGUGAACAAGAAGAGGAUGAUGGUGUGUGUGUGUGUGUGUACUUUGUUGUGUUCCAGACUGCAGGACACAUUUGGACAAACCGAUGUACAUCAUGAUAAACUGUAAUUUCAUGAGCCAUGGACUUUAUAAACUCAUUAACGAGCCUCCAUGUGUGAAACCGCUGUUUAUUAAUUAAACACCGAAACCACUUCAAUCAGCACCACUGCGCCAGAUGUUGACCUUUCGAUGUGGCCUGUCUGUUAGAUGAUAAAAGCUAUACCUGUUGAAUUCUGGAUCGUGAUUGGUCCAAAGGUGUUGAUUUAUGUUUCUGCACUCCUUCUUACACGAUACCGUUUCUACGCUGUUGGUCAUUGUGAUACAGUGAAGUUUUCUGGAAGGACAUGUUUGUGUUUGUUUAAUGUUUAUGGAAGGAGUCUCCAGUGUCAGAGCUUUGUAACAGUUAGAAAUAAAGCUGUCACUUUAAGUUUUCCAACGCCUUCACGACAGAGUUUACGCUUUACACUUUACAGGUUUCUCUGUAACAGGACGAGGUUUUUUUUCUUUUUUUUGUCAUUUACUUCAAGAGAGGUGGCUGAGAGAAUAACUAUUUUUAUUCUGUCUACAUUCACUGGAUAUGAGCGAUCGCACACUCUGAUUGGCUACUCUACUACUAGGAUAUCAGCUCAUAUACCAUGAGUAGAAAAAAACAAAAUGGUGGCAUAUGUUGCUGAACCAACUGAGGAUGAAAUAAAAACUCUACUUGAAAACAAAACCCAAAAAAACAACAACAAAAAACCCAACAAAAUAUGGAAUGAAAGUAUUUGAUGGUAAGAAUGUAUCUCUUUUGAUCUAAAAAUUUUCAAGAAUUAUUAUUGCAUUUUUCACAAAUUGCUCCUGUCAUUUCGCCGGUUUGUUUACAUUCUAAGUGGAAAUGAUUUUGUCAGACAUUUUGUAUAAAGUUUUUAUUUAUCAAAUUUCAUGAAAAUAAAAAUGCUCUGUUUCUCAAAACCCAGUGAAUGUGGAUAGAAUAAAACAGUUAUUCCACUCAAUCUCGUCGUACAUGGCGUAUAGAUAACUCAGUGCUAUGCGCCUUGUCGGCUAUCAUACAAUUAAUUUAUAGAUUAAUUGUAUGACUCGAUUUCGUGGAAUAACUGUUAAAUAGCUGCUGUAACGUAAGUGAGAACAGGAACUAAUCUUGUUUUGUGGAUGUUCCUCAACAUGAAAUGUAACUGUAAAUGGACAAAAUGUACGUCUUCCUUUAAGGAGUAAAAAUGGUUCGAAAUGUUUGGACUUUUUAUAUCAGGAGAAUGAAUCAGCUUUAGGGGUGGGAACGGUAAUUUCGCUUCAUAUCAGCCUGUCCUUGAUUAUUACCCCACCACCACACCUUUAAAUGUUUUAUUCCUUACUUAUUACAUUUUGACUUUUUGUGGAUGUCUAAAAAAAAAGUGUUGAUUUUGCUCAAGCUUCUUUUCAGUGCAAACUGAGUUCAGACUAAUUAUUUAUAGAUUAAAAAGUAAUUGUAGACUGAUGACUGGUGCUCUACAGUUAUUAAUUGUGUGUGUGUGGUGACUGUGGUUGAUGUGCAUUUCUGUGUUUCUGUCAUUCCUCGCUGCUGAGACCUGAGACUACAUUAAAGUAAAUCUGUCCCUGCAAA